UAUAUGUCUCUAUCCUGAAAGUUCCUUUCGUUACAGGGUGUCCUUAAAAGCUACCCUUAAAUCUCAAUGCUUUCAUGGUGGUAGACGAAGGACAACUCAACAAAGUGAGGUUCUUCCUUCAAAUUCAGUGCAAUGAUUCUGGAGGCUAGCAGAAGAAGUAUAAAAAUUUUCUGAAUAUUUUAUUAUUAUUUUUGGGUAAUGAUUUGAAUGAUCCUUUCCUUUGAGUUGCUUCAAGGAGAUGACAAUUAUUUGGUAUGAAAGAUGCUAGUGUUGAUCUGGGUUUUUGCUGGAAGAAAGAAAAGAAGGUUCUGAUAUACUAAUUAGAGUGAAAAAAGAGAGAUUUAUUAGGUUGGUGAAUCCAAUGGACACACCUACUGUGCAGCCACAAGCUGCACCUGCAAGCACCCUUAAGAAAAAAAUGACCAAACAGUUGACAGGAAAAAGGGAUGAUACACCUUUACAUUCUGCAGCAAGAACUGGAAAUCUUGCUGUCCUUAAGGACACACUUAAUGGUACUGAAGAGGGUGAACUGCGUGAGUUAUUGGCAAAGCAGAACCAAGCUGGAGAAACAGCACUUUAUGUUGCUGCAGAAUAUGGUUAUGUUGAUAUGGUUAGGGAGAUGAUUGGAUAUUAUGAUCUUGCUAAUGCUGGAAUCAAAGCAAGAAAUGGUUUUGAUGCACUCCAUAUUGCUGCCAAACAAGGGGAGUUAGAUGUACUGAAGAUCCUAAUGGAGGCUCAUCCUGAAUUGUCAAUGACUGUUGAUCCAUCCAACACCACGGCUUUGCACACAGCUGCAACACAAGGGUAUAUUGAGAUAGUGAAGUUUCUAUUACAAGCAGGUAGUAGCUUGGUUACCAUUGCUAGAAGUAAUGGGAAAACAGCUUUGCAUUCUGCUGCGAGAAAUGGUCAUGUGGAGGUUGUGAAAGCACUUCUGGAGAAGGAGCCUGGGGUUGUAACACGGACUGAUAAGAAGGGACAGACAGCACUUCACAUGGCAGUGAAGGGACAGAGUCUUGAGGUGGUAGAGGAGUUGAUAAAAGCAGAUCCCACUUCAGUAAACAUGCUUGAUAAUAAGGGUAACGCGGCAUUGCAUAUAGCAACCAGGAAGGGUAGAGCUCAGAUUGUUAAGUUGCUUCUUGGACAGAAGGAAACAGAUACCAAAGCGGUUAAUAGAUCUGGUGAAACUGCAUUAGACACAGCUGAGAAAACUGGGAACUCUGAAGUUAAAGACAUUCUACUGGAAUAUGGUGUUCAAAGUGCCAAAGCCUUAAAGGCUCAGCCAGCAACAGCUACAGCCCGUGAGUUGAAACAAACAGUAAGUGACAUAAAACAUGAAGUCCAUCACCAGUUGGAACACACACGCCAAACUAGAAAAAGUGUUCAAGGCAUUGCCAAACGUCUCAACAAAAUGCAUGCUGAAGGACUUAACAAUGCAAUAAACUCCACAAAUAUUGUUGCAGUCCUUAUUGCCACAGUUGCAUUUGCUGCUAUUUUCACAGUCCCUGGCCAAUUUGUUGAUGAUCCAACAGAUAUCCCAACAGGGAAGUCCCUUGGUGAAGCAAAUAUAGGCCCACAAGUUCCAUUUCUCAUUUUCUUUGUCUUUGAUUCCAUUGCCCUCUUCAUUUCUCUUGCUGUGGUGGUGGUGCAAACCUCGCUUGUUGUUAUAGAAAGCAAAGCAAAGAAGCAAAUGAUGGCCAUCAUUAACAAGCUAAUGUGGUUGGCUUGUGUACUUAUUUCGGUGGCUUUCUUGGCUUUGUCAUUUGUAGUGGUAGGAAAGGAUCAGAGGUGGCUUGCAAUUGGUGUAACAAUUAUAGGUGCAACUAUAAUGGCUACUACCUUGAGCCUUAUGUGUUACUGGGUCAUUAGGCAUCGCAUUGAGGCCUCAAAUUUGAGAAGCAUUCGGAAAUCUUCAAUGGGAAGCAGGUCAAGGUCUUUUUCAGUGUCUGCUAUGUCAGAUUCUGAGAUACUAAACAACGAGUAUAAGAGAAUGUAUGCUAUUUAGAAUUACUAAGCCUUGUUCUCUUUUUCACUUAGUCUUUUUUUUUUCCUUCUUCCACUGCUUGAUGGAUCUAUUUCCAACUAAAGUGAAACUUACCAAUGUAUAUCACAGAUUCAAAGAUUUGCCUUAUGUUAAAAAUAUGCCUAGUAGU